UUGUUAACCGAACAUAGUUAGGCCCGUAGGGAAGGUUCGGGUCACCAGUCCCGAUGACGUUACCACCGGAUUGCUCAUGCUACUGCCACCAAGCGCCAAGAGCUAAACCCGCUUUGCUCUGGCAGUUAAACUACUUUUCGUGUCCUUGUAUCUGUGUGUACAGAGAGAAUGUGGUUAUUUAGCAGGAGAGGACCAUCUGGGUUCUCAGCUUCUUCCACUGCGGAGGAAGUGACGCAAGGGAUUGAUGGGUCUGGUCUCACAGCCAUUGUCACUGGAGCAUCAGGUGGUAUUGGCUUCGAAACAGCACGUGUCCUUGCAUUGCGCGGUGUUCAUGUGAUUAUGGGAGUACGGAUUAUGGAAGCAGGAAGGGAGGUUAAAGAAUCAAUAAUUAAGGAAAACCCCUGUGCAAAAGUUCAUGCCAUGGAAUUGGAUCUAAGUUCAUUGGCAUCUGUAAGGAAAUUUGCUGCUGACUUCAAAUCCUUGGAUCUUCCCCUGAACAUUCUCAUUAACAAUGCAGGAAUCAUGGCAACACCUUUCAUGCUUUCCAAGGACAAUAUGGAGCUUCAAUUUGCAACAAACCACAUUGUGACCCAACUUCCAGGGAAGCAAUGUCUGAGGUUUCUUUGUCACUUUCUUUUGACAAAUCUACUAAUGGACACCAUUAAAAAGACAGCAAGUGGAAGUAGGAAAGAAGGGAGGAUUGUGAAUGUCACAUCACGGUGUCACAAGUUCUCAUAUCCAGAGGGGAUUCGUUUUACUAAAAUUAAUGAUUCAUCAGGGUAUAAUUGUCUAUCUGCAUAUGGUCAGUCGAAGCUUGCAAAUAUUUUGCAUGCCAAUGAACUUGCAAGGUGCCUACAGGAAGAUGGGGUAGAGGUAACAGCAAAUUCGGUUCAUCCAGUACCAAUCGCCACCAACCUUUUUCGUCAUCAUAUCAUUCUCAAAGAUGUUGUUGAUCUUCUUGGUAAAUAUGUGAUAAAAAAUAUUCAGCAGGGGGCAGCAACUACUUGCUAUGUUGCACUGCAUCCACAAGUUAAAGGGUUGAGUGGCCGCAAUUUUUCAGACAGCAACAUAGCCGAAGCUAGCUCACAAGCUACUGAUACCAAGUUGGCGAAGAAGCUAUAGGAUCUCAGUUCAGGCUUGGUCAAUGGUUGCCCAAGUGCCUGCAAGUCAAAAUAACUUUACCAUUUAUGUAGAUUUGAGUAGAAGGAAGCUAUUCGUCUGUCUCAAGUGGAUUUUGACGUAAAAAUCCCAUCGUCACUCGAUGUCAAUGGAAAGCUAGCUUAAGAAUUUUCAUGGUAAAGGAAUUUGGCAAGGGAUUCCAUGACUUAAUUUUCCAUAAGAUACUGCAAAGCAGACGGAAAGAAUCUGAACAGUUCAUCUGAAUCAUCUUAACCGUUGUUAAGGAAUAGAUGUGCAAGGGCGGUUUUCCUUGCUACGGGAAGAUAGAUCAUCAUACACUUCUUUUGAAGAAUACAAUACUUCCAGAAAACCAUGAACUCAAUUCUCAGAUGUUACAGAAUCAUGGAUUAGAUGCUUUUUUUUUUCUUUUUUUCAAUUCACUUAAGUGGCAAUGUACACAUAACAACUCAGUUUGAAUAGAUUAUACAAGGACAGUUGAUCUGAGCCA